GUGAUUUGGAGCUGGGAGAAGUUCCUGACUCUGGCCGCACCCCUGGGUCAGCUGACCAUUAGGCUCCAGAUAGACCAGAAGCCCUGCACAGGGUUCUGAUUCUGUUUACCUGGGGUGGGGUCAGGAGACUCCAGGCUGGAUAUGAGAACAGGGACACAGAGGAGGAUGUGCCACCCUAGAGGGCUGGGCCUCUCUGAGGAGCCUUGGAGGCUGAGGAUCUGGAGAAUGGGAGAAGCAUGCCCUGAGAACCAAGGCUGCAAGGCCUCCUCUCCACACUGGGGGAAGAGAAGCCUGCCCGGGCUGUAGUGGGGACAGCUGGGCCCCAUUCUGUUCCUGUUAUUUUCCAUGUCCUUGAACUCUGCCCUUGCUGCCAAGGCUGGGUGUAGCCUUUGUGUGAGACAAACGCAGUUGACAGCUCCUCCCUGUGGUGUGUGUGCAACAGGAUCAGGUGGGGAGCCUGUAUCCUCCUCCCUCCAGACCUGCAGCAGGGGUGAGGCCAUUCCUACCCCACCCCAUGCUGGCAGGUCCUGGGCGGGCAGGGGGAGGGGGGGUCCUGUCUCUGCUGUGGGCAGACACCAUGGCUCUGGGGCCCCGUGGCCUCCUACUGCUUCUGGCUGUUCCUGGUAUCUCUCAGGAGGCUCUGCAGUCAGGGUGUGGCCAGCCCCAGGUUUCGCAUGCAGGAAGUCGAAUUGUGGGAGGCCAUGCUGCCUCAGCUGGCACAUGGCCAUGGCAAGCUAGCCUCCGUCUGCGGAAGGUGCAUGUGUGUGGAGGGUCCCUGCUCAGCCCAGAAUGGGUGCUCACAGCAGCCCACUGCUUCUCUGGGUCUGUGAACUCAUCUGAUUACCAGGUGCACUUGGGAGAGCUCAAGAUCACCCUGUCUCCCCACUUCUCCACUGUAAAGCAGAUCAUCCUGUACUCUAGCCCCCCAGGACCACCAGGGUCCAGUGGAGACAUUGCCCUGGUGCAGCUGGGCACCCCUGUGGCCCUCUCCAGCUGGGUCCAGCCUGUGUGCCUCCCAGAGGCCUCAACUGACUUCUACCCAGGGAUGCGGUGCUGGGUGACAGGCUGGGGCCAUAUACGGGAGGGAGAGCCUCUGAAGCCUCCGUACAACUUGCAGGAGGCAGAAGUCUCUGUGGUGGAUGUAGAGACCUGCAGCCAGGCUUACAGCAGCCCCAACGGCACCAUCAUCCAGCCGGACAUGCUGUGCGCCCAGGGCCCUGGGGACGCCUGCCAGGAUGACUCUGGAGGGCCACUAGUCUGCCAGGUGGCUGGGACCUGGCAGCAAGCUGGCGUGGUCAGCUGGGGUGAGGGCUGCGGCCGCCCUGACCGGCCCGGUGUCUACGCUCGAGUCACUGCCUACGUGAACUGGAUCCAUCGCCAUAUCCCACAAUUGGGGGGUUCGGGAAUACGAGGGCCUGCCUGGAUUCCCCUUCUGGCUGGCCUCUUCCUGCCCAGCCUCCUCCUGCUGCUGGUCUCUGGAGUCCUGUUGGUCAAGUGCUGGCUGGGGAAAUCCUGGCUAGGCUCCACCUCCCACCCAACUUCAGACCUCUGACUCAGGUGUCACAACCCAAGUGGUUUUUGUUUGUUUUUCAA